CUUGGCUUUGAAGCCAUUGCUCACAAGCUUCCACCGGUAAAAUGGCAGAAUUCAAGGUUGGAGGCCUCGAUCCCCGAGCGACGAAAUUCAGAAAUGUCCCGAUUGCUGUAACCCCGGAAGGGUUCUGGUGCUGCCCGUCGCAGACCGUGCUGCAGAAGACGGCGAAGAACCAGAACCAGCAGCCAAAGCCUAAAGCUGGAGCAUCCCCUCCUGCAUCAAAGGCCUCCUCGGUCCAGAGGGCGCCGACCAUUUCAUCGGAGAAGAGAACGCAUUCAACCCCAACAAGGUCCAGAGCUAACUCAGAGGAGCAACGAUGCUUGCCGGCGGAGAAUGCCGCCCCCAAUCCACCGAAGGUUGUGAGCGAGAGGCCGCAGAAGCAGCAUAAGAUAUCUGUUGGGUUUGGGCAGAUUGAGAUGAGUGACUUGAGGGUCGUGUUGUAUGGCAAGGAUGGGGUUGCUGUCAAGAUGAGUGUUCACAAGAACGUCCUUGCUGAAAAUAGCACCCUCUUUGCUGAUAAGCUUUCAAGGCAGUCUCCGGUGUCUAAUAUAGAGGUGCCUGAUUGCGAGGAUGUGGAGAUUUAUGUUGAGACCGUUGGGUUGAUGUACUGCAAUGAUGUCAAGCAGAGGUUGAUCAAACAAAGUGUUCCGCGUGUUCUUCGAAUCUUGAAGGUUGCAGAAUUAUUAGGCUUCCGAGCAUGUGUCCUGUCAUGCUUGAAUUACUUGGAAGCGGUCCCUUGGGCCGGGGAAGAAGAGGAGAAUGUGGUCUCAUCAGUUCGGCAUCUUCAGACUGAAGAUUAUGGUGUGACACCAGUACUGAAGAGGGUAUGCUCUGACCUAACAAGUCCACCAAAUGACACAUUUGUGCGUAUCAUAGAACUAGUGUUGAAAAGCAGUGAUGAUAGAGGGAGGCGGGAGAUGAAGUCCUUGGUGCUCAAGCUUCUCAAGGAGAAUAGCAGCUGUACCAGUAAUUCUGCUGACUUAUGUGUUGACACUCUCUAUGGAUAUUGCCAGAAUAGCCUGGAGUCCUUGCUGACCUUGUUUAAACAAGCAUCUGACAGUGAUUUUUCUGAGCAAUCUUUGGACCUUAAAGAAGCAGUAUUUCGACAGAUUACUCUUGAAGCGGAUAAUCUCCUAUGGUUAACUGAGAUUUUAACAGGCAGGAAUGCUGCAGAAGAAUUUGCAGUGAUGUGGUCUAACCAGCGUGAGCUAGCUGGACUUCACUCCAAGUUACCAACCAAGUCGCGCCACCUUGUCAGCUGCAUCACAGCAAGGCUCUUUGUGGCAGUUGGGAAAGGCGAGAUGCUCCCAUCUAAGGACACAAGGCAACUCCUCUUGGAUGUCUGGUUGCAGCCUCUCAUGGAUGACUACAACUGGCUGCAGCAUGGUUGCAGGUCAUUCGACCGGACACUCGUCGAGGAAGGGAUCGGGUCGACUAUCUUGACGCUCCCACUAGAGGAUCAGCAGACGAUACUGCUCUCAUGGCUUGGCAGCUUCUUGAAGGUUGGGAACAGCUGCCCCAAUCUGCAGAAGGCCUUUGAGGUUUGGUGGAGGAGGACAUUUGUACGGCCUUAUGUCGAACAGCAAGGGAACCAGUUGCAGUCAGGUCAGAGCUGAGAUCUCUGGUGGUCACACAAGAAAACUGAUGCGGUGUCUUCACGCGUGGAAUAGCGCGCUGAAAAACUAUCCUGAAUGCUAAGUUAUUCCCCAGGAAGUGGAAACAAUAGGGGGGGGGGAGGGUGCAGAGUAGUGCUUUUCACUUGUGUGAGGGUUGAAAUAUAUAAUUUGUGCGUUGUGCUUGUGAUGCUUCAGCUUCAUAGAUUUGUGAAGCUCGCAGAAUUCUGGGUACAGAAUAUCUUGUCUGAUGUGGUACUUAUCUAAGGCAUCAGUUUGUUGCACCGUGUUUAUCACACCAUUGUGCAAUUGUAGUACCACUAUAUUACCGGUGACAUGUAGAAACUGAGUCCUCGUUGAUGCAGUUGUAAAUAUUUUGCUAGAAUGUAAUGUCUGAAAUUUGGGAGAGAUUGAAUCUUGCUUCAGUAGUAAUAAUGUACGUCCGGGAUUUUUGCAAAUGGUGAGCUACCUUGCAGCUUCCUGCUAAUUUAGUAAUUCAGCCUCCCAGAUCAGAAACUGGAUGCUCGUGAUGCAAUUGCAGAUAUUUUUUGCUGA